UCGAGUCUUCUUACAAUCAUUUCAAUUCUCUGAUUAUCUUUCAGUCUCAUCUUCUCCCUGAAUCCUAUUCACGUCUCUUCAUCCAUUAAUUCAAAUACUUUUCACUAAUUCUCACACUCCCUAGAUUCUCCAUCAAGCUUAUGGAGAAUCUCUGUUUUGGGAACUCUGUUUCUCUCUUUAUGAAGAUGGCGGUUAUUGUUCUUCUUUCCCGUCACACUCUUUCUGCUACCUCUCCGUAUUACGUCAACUGUGGGUCGGAUUCUAAUGUCAUUUAUGGUAAUCGGACCUUUGUCGGUGAUAUGAUCUCCGAUGGUAACUCUGUUUCCUUCAACGGUAAAGGAAGCGAAGCCAGCAACCAAUCUGGAUACGGCAUCUAUGGGACGGUUAGGAUAUUCAGACACCCUUCCUCAUACAAGUUCCAACUCGAUUCUGUCGGUCUACACUUUGUGCGUCUCCACUUCUCUGCUGCCUCUUCUCAAACUGCUCGUUUCACAGUCUCUGCUACAUCUGGCUCUACUCAUCACUUCAAAGGUUUCUCGGUUCAGAAUUUUAACGAGACUCCACGAGUCGAGGAGUUUCUCCUCAUGAUUAAUUCACCCAAGUUAGAAAUUCGAUUUGCGCCUGAGCGUUCCUCUGUAGCUCUAAUCAACGCCAUCGAAGUGUUCUCUGCUCGUAACGACCUCGAAAAUACACCGGAAUACGGAAAGAACCUGCAUACGAUUUACAGAUUAAACGUAGGAGGCAAGAAAAUCACACCGGAAAACGACACCUUGGGUAGAACUUGGUCGCUAGACGAUGACUUUCUCUACCGAAAAGAUUCAGCGAAAGCCAUUUCAUCAACACAAACGCCCAACUACAAUCCAGGGUCAGCAUCAGCUACAUCAGACACUGCUCCGGAUUUCGUCUACCAGACAGGUAGAACGAUGAACCGUAGCAUUAACGAAGGGGUGGCAGGGGGAGUGUUGAUGAACGUUACAUGGUCAUUUAAGGUCAGAAGUAACUCUAGACACUUCAUCAGGGCUCACUUCUGUGAUAUCAAGGAUAAAUCACUAGACCCCGACUCAGAUUUCCAUCUCUAUGUAACCGGACAUUCACGGAGAGAUGUAAAGCCUUCGAUAUACGUUAGGUUGAUGACUCCGUUUUAUUUUGACUUUAAUGUCUCUGAUGGUUUUGAACUGUUGAAUGUUAGCAUUAGUGCCAAGGAUCCCACCAAGGAUGCUGGUUUUCUUAAUGGUCUGGAGGUGAUGGAAUUUUUGAAAACAUCUUCAAAUGAAAGUAGUUCUCGGGUUUACAUCGUUGCUGGUUGUGUUGCUGGUGGAUCGAUCCUGGUCUUGAGUUUGUUGUUUGUGGUUUGCUUUAUCCGGAUGAGAUCAAAGAAGAAGAAGAAAGACACUGAGGUCACUGUAUGGUCUCCUUUGGCAUUGCAUAGAGGUGGGAGUUCCGACAACAGACCUUUUGAUCCAGUUUAUAGCUCUCCACUACGCACCAAUACACCUUUUGAUCCGGUCUACAACUCGCCACUGCGCAACCUAAGGUUAGGCUUGAAGAUUCCUUUCACAGACAUUGUGAGAGCUACAAACAACUUCGAGGAGCGGUGGUUGAUCGGGAAAGGCGGUUUCGGAGACGUUUACAAAGCAAUUCUACCAGAUGGAAGCAGAGCAGCUAUCAAGAGAGCCAAGACAGGUUCGGGACAAGGGAUAUUAGAGUUUCAAACAGAGAUCCAAGUCUUGUCAAGAAUCCGACACAAGCACCUCGUUGCUCUAAAGGGCUACUGCGAAGAGAACUCGGAGAUGAUACUUGUCUACGAGUUUAUGGAGAAAGGUACGCUUAAAGAGCAUCUAUACGGCUCCGACUUGGCUCCGUUGUCAUGGAAACAGAGACUAGAGAUAUGCAUUGGAGCAGCAAAAGGAUUACAAUAUCUCCACAGUGGCUCAGAAGGUAUAAUUCACAGAGAUAUAAAAUCUACAAAUAUACUAUUAGACGAGAACAAUGUGGCUAAAGUUGCGGAUUUCGGACUCUCGAAACUAGUGGUUAGGAAUCAAGAUUCGAUCAAUAUCAGCACCAACAUCAAAGGAACGUUCGGUUAUCUCGAUCCCGAGUACCUUGAGACGCACGUCUUAACGGAGAAAUCAGAUGUGUACGCGUUCGGAGUCGUUCUACUCGAGGCCCUGUGCGCGAGACCGGCUCUCGAUCGUUACCUUCCUCACGAGCAAGUGAACCUAGCGGAAUGGGCCAUGUUCUGCAAAUCGAAAGGGACACUCGAUGAGGUCUUGGAUCCCAAGUUGGUAGGUCAAAUCGAACCGAGUUCGCUGAGGAAGUUCAUGGAGAUCGUUGACAAGUGUUUGAAAGAGUACGGAGAAGAGAGGCCGGGCAUGGCGGAUGUGAUUUGGGAUCUGGAAUAUGCGCUACAGCUUCAUAUGACGCCGAUUCAAAGAGAACCUCAUGAAGAUAGCUCGGUGACGAUCUCUGAUGGUGGAGGUGGAAGCUCGUUGGUGGUUCCUAGGCUGAUGGUGAGUGACUCGUUUAGCUCGAACUCGUUUGUUCAGAAGAAGAGUAGCUAUGGAGGUACAGAUUCAUCGGAGACUCAGGUUUUCUCUCAGUUGAACAUCUCCGAAGCUAGAUAAGAAGGCUGCCCCCCGUUAACCGGCCUUUACUCAAUUAUCGGUUUGAAUGGUAUCUAAACUAUUAAAAGGGAAGUACAAAUUAAAACAUCUAAACUAUUAAAAGGGAAGUACAAAUUAUAUUUACCCCUUAAAUUGCACAAAUAUUACAAAGGAUGUCAUUGGUGUUAAAAUACUGUGUUUUGUAUUUAAAUUGAACCGACGUCGAUGUUACUAAACCGACACGUUGAACUUAAACCAUUCAAUUGUUGUGAUAAUUACAGAACCAUUUCAAGG